AUAUAUAUAUAUAUAUAUAUAUAUAUGUUAAAUAAAGAGACAAAGCCCCACCGGCUCGGGAGCAGGUGUGGAGGCCGGAGUGAGGCUUGGAUGCGUCCCCUUUUCUCUUUCGAAAGCUCAGCCGCUCAGAGAGAGAAGAAUGGGGAGUAGGGUUCCUGUGCAACAGUACAACUUGAGAUCUGCGAAUUCCUUCAUCGGUAGCUCGCUGCAUGAUCUUAACACCGUCGAUUCCCGCCCCAAUAAUCUCGAUGCCAUUGGGGAUGCCGUUGAUAGCCACGCCGAUGAUAGCUUGGAUGCCGACGAUGAUUCCAAUGCUGCUGUUGACUGCAUGCAUGAAUCCUACAGGAAUUCCUUACCACUUCAUGGUGUUGGAGUGGAAGAAGAUCGACCUAGCCUUGAGAACAAUGGUUCUUCAAGAGUUGCCUAUGAUAUAUUGACCAUUGAGGGUACAAGUCAACACAUGUUCAAAUUAAACGGACGUAUCCUAAUGACAUUCUUAGUUAGAUUUUAUAUGAAGCUGUUCUUGACCAUUUUGGUCUUAAGUUACAUUAACUCGUUUCUAUUGGAUCUUGAACUAGAUGCUUCGCCUAUUGAGUCUGCCAGGGCAAGAUUUUUGCAAAUAAUCGUGGAUCACUUCAUAAGUGAUCAUGUGGUUGAAGUGGCUGAUAAUGAGGCUGAAUGUGUUGCUCACUCAGGACAAGACAAAUUGAGUAAAAGGAAAUCAGGAGACGUGCAAUAUGAAGGUGAUCCGAGGUUUGCUUUGCCCUUGAUGUAUGUUGCAAAUAUGUAUGAAACACUAGUGCAUGAUGUAAAUAUGAGGCUGGCUUCUUUGAAUGGUAUUCGAGAUAAGACCAUUGGAGUAGCCCUUGAAGCAGCGGGUGGUUUGUACAGAAGAAUGGCUAAGAAAUUUCCUAAAAAGGGUUCUUGUGUAUUUAAAAGAAGAGAAUUGGCAACUUCUUUAGAGACAAGGACACGAUUCCCAGAACUAGUAAUACAGGAAGAGAAGAGAGUACGUUUUGUGGUGGUCAAUGGUUUGGAUAUAAUUGAGAAACCUGACAAUGUGCCCAUUGAAGAUGCUGAGUGGUUUAAAAGAUUGACAGGUCGGAAUGAGGUUGUUGUCUCUGCUCGAGACUAUAAAUUCUACUCUCCAAGGCACAAGUAUAGACGUCCUGUGUCCAACAUUCCUGGUUUGCCAACACUUCCUGCUACUGACAAUUCUUCUACGAUUGCUACUGCACAAGGAUUUAGAUCUCCACAAAAUGAGCAGCAGACUCCUUCGAAGCAUCACGUUGAUUCUUUGUCGCAUCAGCCUCAGUUUCACCCAAUUCAUCAGAACCAUCAUCAAGUUCACCAAAGUCAACAUGCAACCCAGUUUUCUCAAAGUCAACAAUGUGGACCAACUUCACACUUGCCUGAAAUCGCCCAUGCUAAUCAGUCUCCUGGCAUUCCACAACACAUGGCUUACUUACAACCCCUCACAGGAGGUCAUGUUGGAGGGCGCUUGCAUUUAAUGCCUACAAGCCCGGCAAAGUUUUGUGAUGAAUGUGGUUCUCCAUAUCUUAGAGAAACCUCUAAAUUCUGCUCAGAAUGUGGUGCAAAAAGGCUAGGUACGUGACAUGAUCUUAAAAUCUCUAUGAAGAUCUGUAAAUGUAUUAAACCGUUUCCUCCAUUGUAAGUUGUAAAUCUUGGUUAUAUAACUAGGCAGGGAUUAGUCUUGUUUCUUGCUAGCGAUGGCUCUCUUUGGAUCCUUUCAAGCUGAGAUUGAUUGUGGUUAGAGUCAUAGUUGUCAAAUCUGGAUUGAACCAGGCGAUUGGACUAGUUUAACUGAGAAUUGGAGUUUGAGCCAGUCCGAUCUGCUUGUAGAACUCUUUCAAAAAUCCCCUGUAAACUCGUAAGUAAGAACUGACUGGGUAAUUAGCGAACUAGUAAUACGCAUAUAGAUUUUUUAUGGGAUUCUCCAUCUCCUAUGGGGAACAAUCUACUUCUAUAGAAUAUCAUAAUACGCAUAUAAAUUUUUUAA